AUGAAAAUUAACGAAAUUUUUCCAAAGAUAGAUUGGCAAAAAUCUAUUCAAGGACGUGAACAAAUGAAUAACAAAUUAGUAUUGAAUAACUUGGAAUUAGAGCAUUCUGAGAUCUAUCAACAUUUAUGUCUAGAAUUAAAGGCUUAUCUGAAUAGUCAGAACUCAAACGAAACAUCUCACCGUUCUACCACUGUAAAUAAUCGUGAUGACUGUGCUAAUGUUAAUGAUGUAGAUUAUAUACCUUGCAUUAAAGAAUUCACAACAAAGUUUAGUUAUACUAUUGGAAUAGCUUUGACUCGUGUGGAAAUCUGGGUCAAACUUUACUUAAAACAAUGGAUCAAUCGACCGUCAGCAUCCGAAAGUGAAGAAAAUCGUUUCGAAAUUUUGCUGCGAUUGUAUGAAGAAUAUCAGAAAGAAGCUUUAAAUUAUUAUUGGUCAGAAAAUGGUCCCACAGAUCCUAUGGGUUAUAGCCGCUUUAUUCUAACUUCAUUAGCAAUUAUUCGUAUUAUGCAUGAAAAUUUAUGUAAUAAUCCAAGUUUUGAACAACUAGAAUUACAUUCGAUUGAUAUUCCAAAUCUCAUGAAGCUCUUUGAAAUUUUGGCCUUGCCAGAUCGUGACGAUAUGAUAAGCGCUCGUAAUCUCUACGAUUAUUUUAAUCGAUUUAGUUCUAAACCAUACCCAGAUCUGUUAACAAACAUUAAGUCUGCAAAUGUAUUUGGUGUACGUUAUGCUGGACAAUCAGCGUCAAUGAAAAAUAGUAUAGAGAAAAUUAGAGUUCAGAUUGAAAAAGACAAAGAAAAGACGAUAAAAAAAUGGAAGAAAAGAAGACAAAAUAUAUGA